AUAAAAUAGAGAAAAAUAAAAGAAGAAGAAAAGAGAGCGCAGAAUCAGAAUUCUCAGAAUGUGAUUUGUCUAUCGCGGCAAUAUCUUUCCUUUGUUUAAUCAUUGCUGCCCUUUAAUUUCCUUGAAUCUUUUCCUUCCUCAAAAAUCAAAAGCCAGAGUUGCUUUCAGUAAGCUUUGUUCUCACUGUCUCAGUUCUUUACUCUCUCUCUCUCUCUCUCUCUCUCACUCUUUAUAGCUUCAAAACACAUACCCAACAAAGCAAGUUCUGCUGCUAUUCUGCCAUUCUCAUUUUUCUUCUUUUUCUUUAGAAUUUUAGUUGAGGGGCAGAGUUGUGAAAUGGAGAGAAAGCAGGGGUUUUUUUCGGCUUUGAAAGAGGAGGUGGUGAGGGGGUUGUCGCCGGGGAGGUCCAGGGCGAAAAGUCCGGCGAGGAGUGGGUCCCCAGUGUCGAGUUUGCUGAGGCGAAGGAGGAACCACCACGUGGCGCCGCCUGAGCCGUUCAUGAUUCCGAGAUCCGGGAGCUUGAGGCCCGCGGAGGCGUUGUCGCCGUUGAAGGAAGGGCCGGAUGGGACGGACGGUGGAGAUUCGAGGAUGGAGGGGAAGUGGGGCCACUGGAUGAAGGGACAGCUGUGCAGGGCUCCUUCGGUUUCGUGCUCAGCUUACAAAAGGUCGGAUCUGAGGUUGUUGCUUGGGGUCCUUGGUGCGCCGCUCGGCCCGGUGCACGUUAGCACCACCGAACCUUUGCCUCACCUUAGCAUCAAAGACACUCCCAUUGAAUCUUCAUCUGCUCAGUAUAUAUUGCAGCAGUAUACGGCAGCAUCAGGAGGGCAAAAGCUUCAGAACUCGAUCCACAAUGCUUAUGCUAUGGGUAAGGUCAGAAUGAUAGCUUCAGAGUUUGAGACUGCCAACAGGGUUGUGAAGAACCGGAAUUCCUCCAAAGCAGCGGAGUCUGGUGGCUUUGUACUGUGGCAGAUGCAUCCAGACAUGUGGUAUGUGGAGCUUGCACUUGGUGGCAGCAAGGUUCAUGCUGGUUGCAAUGGACAGCUUGUGUGGAGGCACACACCUUGGCUUGGUGCACAUGCUGCAAAAGGCCCUGUUAGACCCUUGCGACGUGCACUUCAGGGACUUGACCCAAGAACCACUGCCAGCAUGUUUACCAAUUCAAGAUGCAUUGGUGAGAAGAAUAUUAAUGGGGAGGAGUGUUUCAUCCUCAAGCUUUCUACGGAUCCUGUGACACUGAAAGCCAGAAGUGAAGGGCCUGCAGAGAUCAUUAGGCAUGUUUUAUUUGGCUACUUCAGCCAGAAAACAGGGCUCCUUGUACACUUGGAAGAUUCCCAUUUGACCCGCAUUCAGAACAAUGGAGGUGAUGCUGUCUACUGGGAGACCACAAUUAACUCAUUUCUCGAUGAUUACAGGCCGGUUGAGGGAAUUAUGAUUGCUCACUCAGGACGUUCGGUAGUAACUUUGUUCAGGUUUGGAGAAACUGCAUUGAGUCACACCAAGACCAGGAUGGAAGAAGCUUGGACAAUUGAGGAAGUGGCAUUCAAUGUCCCUGGCUUGUCAAUAGACUGUUUCAUCCCCCCUGCUGAGCUAAGAUUUGCUUCUAUGAGUGAAACCUGUGAGCUCCCUCAGGGUCAGACUGUAAAUAACACCAUGGCAGCAGCUGCGUAUCGAGCCAAAGUUGCUUCACUCGAGAGGUCUCAUCAAGGCAAUGUCAAUAAUGUGAUGUGGAAGAUGGAUGCUUAGGAGAGAGGGGAAGGCCAGAUUAUUACACGAGGCAAAGGGUCUCUAGUUGUAUGGACUGACACUAUCAAAGGUAGGUUUUGGUAACAUAGGGGAGCUGAGUUGAAUGCAGAACUUCUGCGUUGGAUCAAUAUAUUUUCAAACUUGUACAUAGUGAGUGGACGGUCGUCCUUAGAUUUUCUCAGGUGCCUGGAAAUUUUUUGUACUCGAGCAGAGUCGGGGCUUGGGUUUUUGGUGGAAGAUUGAGCUGUCUAAGGGAGCUCAUUUACUGACGAGAAUAUCAUGGAACACUUCUCUUGAGAUUCUUGAAUACUUCACACUUCUCUUGAGAUUCUUGAGUACUUCAACUAUGUGAUGGCCUUCAACACGGUACCUGCAGAUCAAUUACGAUUUAUGUAAAAUUCAUAUUAUCUAGGCUUUGAUGCAGAUUUGUACUUAAUUUCAGCUUGACUUGAAGGUUUUGCAUUGUACCUUUUAAUGGCAUGAAGUCUAAAGUGAUAGUGCAGUAAGAUCAAUACACAAGCUGGAUUUUCUUCU